AAAAAAAAAAAUAUUUUUAUUAAAUUAAUUAAUUAAUAAAAAAAAUAUAUAAAAUAAAAUAAAAAAAUUAUUGAAAUUUUUUUCAAAUUUAUUAAAAUUUAAUUUUUUUAAUUUCAAUCAUAAUUAUCUUCAUAAUUAUACAACCUAUUCAAAUAUCUUAAUAUGGAUUAUUAAAAAAAAAAUAAUUUUGUUUAAUAUAUAUAUAUUUAUACAUAUAUAUAGACAAUUUUAUUUUAUAAAUGAAAACAAAAUAUCAAAAAUAAAGUCAGACAAGAAAAUCACCAGGAUUUCAUAAAAUAUCCUUGCAAAUAACGAAAAAAAAAAACAGAAACCAAUUAAAUUUAAAGUACCUAUAUAUUAUUGCAUCCAGUUACAAAAAUGAAGUCAUUGUUAUCGGUUGUAUUACUUUUGUCUAUAAAUCCAGGGCAACCAUUAUCUUAUCCAACAUAUGGAACAAAAAGAUAUCAUCGAACUUCAGCUUCAUCUUCUUAUAUACCACCAAAUCAUUCGUAUCAAUUAAAUUCAUAUUACGAUAACCAACCAAUUCUAACAUCAUCAUCAUCAUCAACAUCAACAUCAGGUUCGUCAACAGGUUCAAAUCAAUUAUCUUCAUAUGGUUCUCUACCAUAUUCAUUACAAAAUUAUCCUAAUACAAAUUUAAAUAAUAACAAUAAUAACGGUUAUAUUCCUGAAACAAAUAAUAAUUAUUAUUAUUAUCCUCAUCAUGAAUAUCGUACGUAUGGUAUGCCAACAUAUCAUGGUGAAUAUAAACCAAAACCAUAUUAUUAUGCACCAGCACCAAGAUAUAGUUAUUUUGAUGAUCAUGAAAUAACAUCAAAUCCAUUUGAUGAUUUACAUGAAGAAAUGUUACACGAAGAUGAACGUAUUCAACAUAGACAAAUAUUACAAGAUCAACCAGCAUAUUUUGGUAAAGAAAAUUGGUAUCAAACUGGUCCAAGUCGACAAGAUGAAUUAACAAAUAAUUUUUUAAGAAAUUUAAUUGCAUAUAAUAGGCAACUUGAACAACAAGAACGUGAAAGACAAUUAGCUGAACAAGCAAUUGAUGAUGAAUAUAUGCAAAGAGAUCAAUAUGCUGUAUAUAAUAAUGAACCAGAACCAGAAUAUGAUGAUUAUUCAGAAAUUGGUGAUUAUGAAUAUGAAAAUUCACAACCAAUUGAACCAAAAAAUGUAUUAGAAAGAAAAAAAUUUGAGACAAUACAAGCAAAUCAACAAGAAAAAUUUUUACAAGAACAAAAACAACGUCAACAAUAUCAAAAUAAAUUGAAUGAAGUAGAUGAUGAAGAUGUUAGACAACUUAAAAAUCUUGCUAAAUAUUCAAAACAAAAUACAAAUGAUAAUUCUCAUUUAAUUUUAAAACAAGAAGAUGAUAAAAUAUCAAAACCGAUAAUAACACCUACAUAUAAUUUUGAUAAAACAACAUCACAAAAAGAUCAAAAAUCAUUGAAACCAGAAAAUUCAGCUAAUUCUGUAUUAAAAUCAAAUACAAAUUAUGAUUAUAAAUCACAACAAAAUAAAUAUAUUGAACCUGUUGAACCAGAACAAAUUGAAGAUUCUGAUGAAUGGUAUACACCACAACAAUCAUCGAAUUCAAAUUCAGAAAAAUCUUCAUAUUCAUCUGUACCACAAUAUGAUGAACCUGAAGAAUAUUAUGAAGAAGAUGAUGGUGCAUGGAUUAGUUGGGAUCGUAAACGAAGUAAUGAUCGUGCUAAAAUCAAUUUUGAAUCAAUACCAAAAAAAAUUGAUUUAAUAAAAGCAUUUAAUGAUCGUAAACCACAAAAUAUUAAAUUUUUAAAUGCAAAAACAUCAUCAGAAUUGGGAGAAUCACAAAAAAUUUCAACAACAACAACAAUUUCUUCAAUAAGGAAUUCAUUAAUUAAAAAUAAAUUAACGACAACACCAUCACCAUUUUUAAAUAAAAAAUCAACAACAAUAUCAUCUAAUAUUGUUACAUCUACAGUAUUACCAGUAGUUAUUAAUAAAAUGAUAGGACAAAAAGAAGUUGUAUUACCAAGACCAGCUAGUAUUUCACAACAUAUCUUUUCGGCACCAAUUUUAAAUUUAAUAACAAAUAAAGAUUCACAACAGAAUGCAGCAGCAGCAGCACCAUCAUCAGAUUCAUCACAUAAAUUACAAAAUAAACUUAAUAGAAAUUCUGAUGCCAUCUACAAAACAAUAAAACAAUUAAUGCAAAUGGAAAAUAAUUUAGAUCAGGACUCUAAAAAACAUAAACGAUUUGUUACAAAUGAAGAAAAUUUAGUUAAUGAAUUAGAUAAAUUAAAACGGCAAACAAAAUCAUAAAUAAAAUAUAUAUAGGUUAGCUUAUAACAAAUUCUUUAUUAAAUAUAUUUUUUAAGAAAAAACUAAAAAAAAAAACAAAAAAAAUUAAAAAUAAACAAAUAUUAUUAUCAACAACCUAAUUAACACCAUAUUAAAACAUAAUCUUUGUAAAAAAAAAUUCAUGUAAAAAUAAAAAUAUAUGAAAUGAAUUAUAAAAUACGGUAAAUAUUAUAAUUAUAAUUAUUUAUAAAUUCCAUAUGUCACAUGUUUCUGUCACAAUUUUACAGAAAUUUCAAAAAAAAAUUACUAGCAUUUCAAUAAUGUAUAAGUACUUUAUUCGAUUGUUUUGUCAUAAAAUAAAAUCCUCAACUAAAAAUAUCAUUUCUAAUACAAUCUAAAUUAAUUUUAAUUUAAAACAUGGCUGAAAAUAAAAACUAUUCAUUAUUUUUGAAUAAUUAAUUUGUAACUAUUACAUAACAUAUAAAAUAUU